GUGAGGCCCCGCCCCACUCUUUGCAGGACGUCACCGCAGACUGCAGGGGCUCAAGCCGCUGCCGCGCAGCCCCACAUCAACGCACUGGGGGCUCCUCACCGCCGCUGCCAAAAAAGUCGCCGUCUCUAAGGUCGCUACCGCAUCUGUGCAGGGCAAGAUGGCGUCAGCCACAGACUCGCGCUAUGGGCAGAAGGAGUCCUCGGACCAGAACUUCGACUACAUGUUCAAGAUCCUCAUCAUUGGUAACAGCAGCGUGGGCAAGACGUCCUUCCUCUUCCGCUAUGCAGACGAUUCCUUCACGCCUGCCUUUGUCAGCACUGUGGGCAUAGACUUCAAGGUCAAGACCAUCUACCGCAAUGACAAGAGGAUCAAGCUGCAGAUCUGGGACACGGCAGGGCAAGAGCGGUACCGAACCAUCACUACAGCCUACUACCGGGGUGCCAUGGGCUUCAUCCUCAUGUAUGACAUCACCAACGAGGAGUCCUUCAACGCUGUGCAGGACUGGUCAACCCAGAUCAAGACCUACUCGUGGGAUAAUGCCCAGGUGCUGCUGGUGGGGAACAAGUGUGACAUGGAGGAUGAACGGGUGGUAUCGUCGGAACGUGGGCGGCAGCUGGCCGACCACCUUGGGUUUGAGUUCUUUGAGGCAAGUGCCAAGGACAACAUUAACGUCAAGCAGACCUUUGAGCGCCUGGUAGAUGUCAUCUGCGAAAAGAUGUCCGAGUCACUGGACACAGCUGACCCUGCUGUCACAGGCGCCAAGCAGGGUCCACAGCUCACGGACCAGCAGGCGCCUCCACACCAGGACUGCGCCUGCUGAGAGCUGGCCCACCCAUCCCUGCCCUCCCCGCCCCCACCAGACCCCACCUGGCCAUGGGCACAAGACCCCUGCCCCAACUUCCCGACUUAGCCCUUCACCCUUAUUUAUUAUUGUAGCUAUUUAUUUAUUUAUUGGAGAUGUUCCCUGGGGGCUUGACUCCAUCACCCCCUGUACCCCACCCUGUACAUACAGCCCUGCCUUUGCUCUGCCGUGGCUUGUUGUGGCCCUCGAAUUCACCCAUUGCCCUCUUCUCCAGACCCCACCUUUUUAAAAUUCACCCCAUCAAUAGUUCUCAGAUUUGAAGAGGGGGCCAGAUGUACCUGAGGGCAGGGUGACCAGGUGAUGGGAGGUAGCCAGGCCUGCCAGCCCCUUGGUGGGCCAAGGCCAUGGUGGGGUCUCAGCAGGGACCACAGGGUGGGCCAGAGCCCCACAGUGGCCCACCUGGCUCCUGGCCCCCAAGUCCUACCUUUUUUUGGAGAGGGGGCUGCUGUGGUUACUCACCACCCUGAGAACACACCCCUCCCCCCACACAGAGACUUGUCUGAUGUCAUGAGUGUCAAAUGUGCCCCUAGGAGAUGUCAUGACAACACUACACACACCCAAUAAAACAAAUGGACGAUGUUGUGU